UCUACUGCUACCUCAGGACAGACACAGUCAGAGACAGUUAGAGCCACAGAGCACGCUCAGAGACCAGCAUCGCUACUUCUCUUUUUUUAAAGCUACGCAGCCAGAUCUUAUCUGCACAGAUGUUCAUUCACACAUUCUCCUGAAGAGUUAACGAGAGAACCCUGUUACAGACACGCUACAGGAGCAGAGAAAAGACUUGGAUAUACACUACACCUUUUAUUACAGCAGCCAUGCGUCCUAUGUCCAAACCGGUAUCCCAGAAGAGGAGAUUACAGCUGCCCACUAUCAGAGAGGGCUACGAGGAUCUGGUCAGAGACAUGAACCACAUGAACCAGACGAACCAGUCCAACACCCUUCACUCUGUCCAGCCUACCACCCACCCAGGGCCCUGCCCACACACCCUCUCCUCAGAGGACUACCUGCUGUCCAUCUGCCACCUGGCUCACCCCACCUCCUUUCACACCAAUGACAUCAUCAACCCUCGCAAGCAGGACUCGCUGCACCAGAGGUCGAGGCUGCCGCAGCUUGCUGUGCAAGAUGAAAACUCUCCAAAGGCCACUGCAUUUUGUCACAGGGAAAAGGCCCAUGGGAAGGAAAGGCCUGGGAUGUACUCUGACUUCAUCACUGUAUGCGGUGGACAGGGGAAAGAUUCCAACUGUAAUGAGCCUGCGUUUGGUUGCCUUGGUGCGUCAGACCCCUUAGAGUUCCUGUACGGCAGCCCCGGCCACUCCACCUGUCAAUCAGGGAAUUGGGUUUAAGGAGACAAGGGGUGGUGUCUGAGGGCCAGUCCCGCCCACGGGCACACAGUUACCCCCGCUCCUGCCCCUCUGACCUGCCCUUUGACCUCCAGCAGCAACGUAAGAGCAGCUGCCCUGGGUUCAGUAACACAGCCACCGCUGACUGUGGCCCCUCCCCCUCUGACCUAACCACACAGCCCCCACAGAGAUGCACACCUACACAGGGAUCUGCAGAACAGCUACAGGCUAGGAUAAGUAGCCCAUUAUUAAACAAAGAAAAUGGGGGGGACGAAGAGAGGGAGAGAGUAAGGAGAAGGAGGAGAGAGAGAGGGAGAGCUCAGAUUGUUGUUGUGUCUGGAAGGAGGCCCGUGUACGAGCCUGCAUACUGCCUGCCAUCGCAGAUAUGUAGAGCUACCAGUCACUGAACCUCAUCAACAGACUAUAGAUUUAUAUGACAGGAGAUGUACAAUGACAAGACACCACAGUUUCACUAUGACAGUAGAUGCCUGUUGAAUCGACAUGAUGGCAAAUAGAUGCUGAUCUAUGACAAAUGGCACUGAAUUAUAGAUAUAGAUCUAGCCCAUAGACUGUUCCAAAUGAAAAAUAUGACACCAACAGACUGUUCGUUAACCAUAAUAAGUGAUAUUCAGCCAAGAAAACGAUGUGAUUAUGUAUUGAUUACGUUAUGUUAUUCUUGAAAAUUGCUGUAUUUUAUUAUCUGUGGUGUGCUUAAGGACGUAUUCGUGUUGCUGUAUACAGUAAAUACAUGAUUGAUCAUACCUGCACACUUUUUAUACCUCUGUGUAUUUGUUUAAUGAAUUGAUAAAAAAAACAUGUUUUUAA